CCCACCCCCGCGCCGUCUCAUUGUUCCCGCGAGUUCCGUGAAACUUCCCGUGCUGGAACUCGCGACCAGAUCAAGCACCUCGCCGCCGAGUACACGAAGCAGGCAACGCGAUCCCGCCUAUCGACGCCGCCGUCCGUUCGUGGAAUAGAUCCGGCGCGGACCAAGAGGAGCAGAAGCCGCGACUCGGAGUUCUCUGCUGGAUCUCGCGACUCCGACGGGACGAGAAAUCAGUCAUGGAGAAUCAAGGAGAAGACUUUUUGUCUGGGAUUCUUUUCGACGGACAACAUGACCAUGUUUCUGGUUCGGAUGACAUUCCAAUUACUCAGCAACAAACUCAGUCUAGUCCAGAGGUGGAAGUUGUUGCUAGUCGUGGUAACAAGGGGACCAAGAGGUCUAAAAAUUUUAAUGUUGAAGAAGACGAGCUAAUUUGCGAAGGAUGGUUGAUUGCUAGCAAAGAUCCCAUCCACGGGGCCAACCAAAACCGUACCGGGUUCUGGGGUAAGGUGCAUGCUCACUUUGAGAAGCACAAUAAGGGUACAACUCCAAGGACAGAGAGUUCAAUCCUGCAUAGAUGGCUCACAAUUCAAACAGUAGUGAACAAGUUUUGUUCGUGUUAUGAAGGGAUUGAACGUAGAAAUCAAAGUGGUACAACUAUACAAGACAAGAUUGCCGCAGCCCUCAAGGUGUUCUCGGGAGUAGACAACAAGGAGGGGAAGAAGUGCAAUGUUGUGCCUUGUUGGAACAUACUUAAGGAGGAAGACAAGUGGAAAACAAGGAGGAUUGAACUUGUACAGAUGGAGAAACAAGCAUCUGCAGGAAACAAGAACAAAAAGAAGUCCACCAAGGUGUCUCGGCCAAGGGAAGAGGAAGGAAACAACAAUGAGAAGGAGGGCAAUGAUGAUACUGCUGCUGCUGCAGAGACUGCAGCAACCAAAAGGGGCGAAGGAGUGAAAAAGGCUAAAGCAAACCUUAGGCGAGGGGGUGGGGAAGCUUGCUUGGAAGCAAUCGACAACAUGUGGGCAAAAAAGGAGCUGGCUGACAAUGAAAAGGAGAAGGCAAAGAAUGAGAGAUUUAUGUUGUCAUAUGAGCUAGACAAGCAAUCGCUAGAGCUAGAGAAGAAAAGUGCUGAAGCGGAGGACAAAAGAGCUGAAGCCGACUUGAUGAAGCAAGAGAAAGAAAUUAUGCUUGCGGACAUGACCUCCCUUAACGCGCUGCAGCGUGAAUGGCUUGACAUUAUGCAGAAGGACAUUCUCGCUAGACGUCAUGGAAAUUAAAUUUAGUUUAUUAAAUUUUAGUUUAGAAAUAGUACAUUCAGCUUUUAAUUUUGUCAUCAUUUUUUCC